AUGUCACUGGAUUACGAGGCGAUGACGCCAGAACAGCGGAAGUUGUUUGAGCAAGUCAAGAAUGCGAGUGGUGAGCUCUAUUUCCGUUACCGUCACAUUGGUGAUGUUGAAGCGCAAGCAAUCGCUGAAGCACUCAAGGGGAACACAAAGCUCACCAAGCUCACCAAGCUCCAGGUUGGUGACGCUGGCGCUCUUUCUAUUUCAGCAGCACUCCAAGAAAAUACGACUUUGCAAUAUCUCAUUCUGUGUUUGAAUCAGAUCGGAGACGCUGGGGCUCUUUCCAUCUCAGAAGCACUUCAAAAGAAUACGACUUUGCAAAAUCUAGAUUUGACGUACAAUCAGAUCGGUUAUGUGGAGGAAACGGUACUGCGCCACAGUAUCCAUCCAACCUUGAAAUUACACAUUGCGAAUCAGCAUCGAUCCGGUUCUGUUCGAUGCCAGGAAGUUCGCGUGGUCGUGCUUGGCGAUCCUUCAGUCGGCAAGACCUCGCUUGUUAGGGGAAUCGCCGACGGUUACGUGCGACAGACGUUCUCCAACUGGCUCAACAUUGCCAAUUCCACCGAUGGUAUUGAUAUUUCAACAGUCGUUCUGCGUGAAAAAGGCGAAUCCAUGAUUUUGAUCGUUUGGGAUUUCGCCGGUCAAGAAGUCUACCUGGUUUCGCACCAGUUCUUUCUUCGUGAACGAACAGUCUACCUGGUCUUGUUUGACGUGCGUGAAGACUUGUCACUCAAUUCGCGCCUUGCCUUUUGGCUCCGCAGCUUGCACGCUUGCGUUCCAAACGCCGAUAUCAUUCUUGUUGGAACACACAUUGAUGAUCCGUCAUACACUUCGGAGCGGCAGCAAGAGCAAAAACAAAAUCUUGCCAAUCUGCUCAGCACCCUGAAAGAAUCAAGUGUUUCGUUUAACGUGCGUUCGACCUUCUACAUCAACGCGCGGAACUCUACGGGGGCCCCGAGCAUGCUGGAACUCAAGACUGCAUUGUUUCAAGCCGGACAAAAGAUGCCGUUUACAAUCAACUCGACCCCAGACACGUCCAGUGUUCCCGCGCUGCAACCUGCAACUCUCCUUGCUUCGUUGGACGACAUUGUCAUCUUGAACCCUCAAUGGUUCACGAAAACAGUCCUGACUGGAGUGAUUACGCAGAAACCUCAAGAUCGAUGGGUCAAGGAUGGCAUUGUGACUCGCAAGGAUCUGCAUCGAAACGCUUGGAAGGGCAUCGAUUCUGCGAUCUGUGAUCAGUUUGUGCUGCUCCUUCAGCGAUACGAGCUCUUGUACAAGAUGAGCGAUGGCGAUCAGCCUGGAACCGAUUCUUCAAGCGCAGGCACUCGCUAUGUCAUCCCUUCGUACCUGCCAGCCUACAAAUCCGACCCUAAUGCUGUUCUGGUCAAUUACGACGGUCCUCGAGCACUACUCCGUGUUCAUCGCAACGCUUCCAGUGUGCGCCUCGAGUUUACCGCUCGCGGGAAGCAUCCAGAGAGGCUGCUUCCAACUCUGAUUGAGAUAUUGGACAGGCUCAGCUCGGAUUGGUAUCCUGGAAUCUCGUGGAAAACCUACCUGCGCUGCCCCAUGCACGAGCCUAAUGACAAACCAUGCCUGUGGACACUACGACCUCAAGUUCGCGAUGCAGUAAUCAACAAUGAGCAACCUUUAUCUUGUUCGCACACGCACAUCGCGUUUUCAAAGGAGGAAUGGCUUCCAGUUCUCAGCUCGCUUUUGCAGCGUCGCUUGAAGGCGGUUUCGCAACCCACACCGGAGGAUAUCGAAGCGCUACGGCAACUCGAACCGCAACCGGCACCGGCGAGCGAGAUCCAAACAGCAGCCGCGGAAGCUGCAUCACUUGUUGCAGCACAACUGAUUGCAUCUGGAAAGCAAACAUUGCAGGAAGUUGGUGCGGCGGCCAUCCAUUCUGUUCGCGAAGUCGAGAAGCAAGUGACUUCCUCUGGAGUGCAGCAGCUUCAAAAUAUUGCCGCUCAGUCAGCGCAGGACUUGCAGCGUUUCAAUAGGGCUUUGGAUGGCAUCAUUGGAUCGAUUCCAAAUGCGGUCAAAACUGAUCCUGUCGAGUUUGAUCGGCUGAUCCAGUCUACAGUUUUGAAGCGCAUCGAUGAGCUUGCCAAAGCUUUGGAUUCGCGGUUCGAUGCGGCAGAAUCCCUGCACCAGGAGCAGAGAAACGAAAUCGCUCGUUUUUUCACGAGUCAAGUCCAAAUGCAGCUGGACUUGCUGGACAAACCAUGCCCGUUGUUGUUUGUCGUGGUACCGCCGACCAAGAAGUGGCAUUCCAAACUCAUGGAUCUUUACAAAUCAAGCCACACUGCGCACCUGCUAUGCGCCCACAUGGGUACCAACAGCCAGCCCGAGUGGCAUCGUAUCGACAGUCAUCCCGGCUACGAAAUUGCCAAGUUUUCAAAGUGGCUGAAAAAGUAUGGUUCUCGUGUUCGCAGCCUGCUUGAGUUUGUGCGUCCGUUCCUGAAAGCAGCCAGUUUGGCUCCUGGUGGACCAGAUGUAACGGAUGCGGUUGAUUCUGCCAUUACUGCUUUGGAAGACCCGCUCGAGGCUCUGCCCGCGAAAGGAAAGCAACCAGCGCCCGCAUCUGCUGCUUCCUCAGAAGUCACACACUCGUCCCAAGAGGCAGCACGGGAAUGGGCUGCUUUCCUAUCCAAGAAAGACGAGUACAAGUCCUUUGCCGGUUUGGAGCGAGCUGUUGUGCUCAGCACGGGCGAGGUUCGUUGGGUCUGUCCGAAGCAUGCGCAAGCGCCCAUCUAUCGCACCAGCUCCAUUUCGAGCAGCUCGUCCGCCGGCUCCUCUAGCAAUGCGCCAAGCAGCUCUUCCAGUGGCAACGUUGCUAGCAGCUCUUCCGCGCCAUCCACUUCAACACCGUGAUGCAGGCACGUCGUGUUUUGUCUUCACUCGCCGUCAAGAUUGUGCUUUUAUGUCUGAUUCUUUUAUUGUGUGCAUGCGUUGAUGUUCAAUAUUUCCGAAUUCGAUGCC